AUGUGUAUAGCUGCAUGGAUUUGGCAAGCUCACCCCGUAUACCGACUUCAGCUGCUGUUUAAUAGAGAUGAAUACUAUAGCAGGCCUACAAACCCAGUGGGAUGGUGGGGAGAUGGUCAUCAGAAGAUAUUGGGGGGAAGGGAUGAGUUGGGAGGUGGUACAUGGCUGGGAUGCACCAAGAAUGGAAGAUUGGCAUUUCUUACUUUUGUGUUGGAGCCUGACCCUCUCCCAGGUUGUAGGACCAGGGGAGAGUUGCCACUAAGGUUCUUGAAGAGCACAAAGAGCCCUUUGGAGUUUGCAGAAGAAAUAGUUAGGGAAGCAAACCAGUACAAUGGAUUCAAUCUGAUAUCUGCCGAUCUUUGCUCGGAAACCAUGGUUUACAUCUCAAACAGGCCAAAGGAUAAACCUCCCUCUAUUCAAGUGGUCUCUCCUGGCCUUCAUGUGCUUUCAAAUGCAGAUUUAGACAGUCCUUGGCCCAAGGCACAGCGUCUUGCUGGGAAUUUCAGUGAACUACUCAAGAGACAUGGGGAAGAAGAAAUCCCUGAAAAAGAGAUGGUUGAAGAGCUGAUGAGAGAUACUGUGAGAGCUGACAAAGAUAAGCUGCCCAACACCGGCUGUGACUCUGAGUGGGAAUUUGGAUUAAGUUCCAUUUUUGUUGAUCUUGACACAAAACUGGGACAGUGUGGAACUAGAAGCAUGGCUGCUGUUUCAGUAAAAACAAAUGGGGAGGUGAAUUUCUAUGAGAAGUAUCUUGAGAACAAUCUGUGGAAUGAGCACAUUCUCCGAUAUUGGAUAGAGAAGCUUUCAUAG